CUGGCUGAUCUGCAAGAUCCCUCCGGUUGGGCCGCCCCUCUCCGAAGAGGCGUCCGGAACCUUUCUGCUGUGCUUUUUGCCCGGACGUGCCGAAGCGGAGGCCGGAAGUCCUUUGCCCGGAGGUUCCGGGUUUCCUGGGCUACUACAAUGGCGAUGAGUUUCGAGUGGCCGUGGCAGUAUCGCUUCCCGCCCUUCUUUACGUUGCAGCCGAACGUGGACACUCGGCAGAAGCAGCUGGCCGCCUGGUGCUCGCUGGUCCUGUCCUUCUGCCGCCUGCACAAACAGUCCAGCAUGACGGUGAUGGAAGCUCAGGAGAGCCCGCUCUUCAACAACGUGAAGCUACAGCGGAAGCUCCCUGUGGAAUCAAUCCAGGUUGUAUUAGAGGAACUAAGGAAGAAAGGGAACCUGGAAUGGCUGGAUAAGAACAAGUCUAGCUUCCUGAUCAUGUGGCGAAGGCCAGAAGAAUGGGGGAAACUCAUCUAUCAGUGGGUUUCCAGGAGUGGCCAGAACAACUCCGUGUUCACCCUGUAUGAACUGACCAAUGGGGACGACACAGAGAAUGAGGAGUUCCACGGGCUGGAUGAAGCAACCCUACUUCGGGCUCUGCAGGCCCUGCAGCAGGAGCACAAGGCUGAGAUCAUCACCGUCAGUGAUGGCCGAGGCGUCAAGUUCUUCUAGCAGAAACCUGUCUCCUUUUACUUCUUACCUCCCACCCUUCCAGGGCUUUCAAAAGGAGACAGACCCAGUGACCCCACAGACUGGAUCUGUGACUCCACCAGACUCAAAAGGGCUCCAGUCCAGGGAUGGGUUUCCCACGUACCCCGUGUGUCUGUCCCUGGGGAAGGGUGAGGUCAAGGUGCCAGGGAGAAAAGAUGUGCUUCUCUUUGCCCUACCUCCUCUCCCAUCCUAGACUGUCCCCGAGCCAGGGUCUGUAAACCUGUAACUCCACAUGUGUUCACACGUAAGUAACAUACACACACGCGCCUGCGCAAGCUUCUGUCUCUCCCCCUUCCCACCCCCUUAGCUGCUAUUGACUCCCCUCUCAGGCUGGUGCUGGAUCCUUCCUAGGGGAUGGGAGAAGCCCUGGCUGCAGGCAGCCUUCCAGGCAAUAUGAAGAUAGGAGGCCCAGGAAGGGGCCUAGCAGUGAGUGGCCAGAUUGGACACUGAUUUAUGAUAUUAAAAAGCUCAACCCCA